CCUCCGUUUUUUUCCCAGUGAUUUCGUUUCUCCCCAUCCCACAGCCAUCACUUGCCAUAAUUUCCUUUUCUGUCGGAUAACUUACGUUAUAUGGAAUCCGAUUGUCAAUUCAGAAGGCUGCAUUUCAGUAUCUGAGGUUGAGGACUAUUUUCAGGCGUCGGGGUCUUAGUUGCUCUGCUCUCCUCUUUGGACCAGACCUCCGAGACUUGCAUCAUGGCUGGAAACUUCUUACCGUACCUAGGGAUUGAGGAGAUCAAGCAAGUGGUUCCCCUUCUCAAGAGUCUCACCGCUGAGCUGAUUGGAACUCUGCUGCUUGUGCUGAUUGGUUGUGGCUCGUGUUUGGGUGGCCCUUCGGCGGACUUUGUGCGAAUCGCUCUUGCUUUUGGCGUGACGGUGGCUACCAUAGCCCAAAGCAUCGGACAUAUCUCAGGCUGCCACAUCAAUCCUGCUGUUACUGCCGGCCUCUUUGUGGGGCGCAAAAUCGGCCUGAUCAAAGCUUUGUUAUACAUUGUCGUUCAAUGUUUGGGCGCCACCUUGGGUUCGGGAAUUCUCAUGGCUUUGAGCAAUGAGACGAUCAGAGGCUACGGAGGCCUGGGGAUGACAAGUGUGAAUCCCAAAAUUUCUGCUGGCCAAGCUUUCGGUAUUGAAUUCCUGAUAACGUUUGUUCUAAUAUUGGUUAUAUUCGGAGCCGCUGCGGAUGACAAUAAUACUCCAAAUGUCAAAGGAUCGGCUCCUCUGGCCAUUGGUCUCUCAAUCACAACUUGCCAUCUAUUUGCCAUACCCUUUACUGGAUCCAGCAUGAACCCGGCCAGAACCUUUGGGCCUGCCCUUGUGUUAGGAGAUUGGAACCAUCACUGGGUCUAUUGGCUUGGCCCUAUUUUGGGAGGGGUCUGUUCAUCUCUGAUCUACCAAUUGAUACUGCGUGCUCCCUCCUACGCCCCAGUGAGCAAAGUGGAGACCCAUGGACCAUGAAACAUGACAAAAUGAUUACCGACAGAAUAAUUACCCUCUUAAAUAUGAUUCUUCCUUGACUAGAAACUGAACUAUGGAAAAAUAAUGAUCGCCUCAUAAAAUUUACCACAAAAGUCUAAGUUUGUUCAAUGAAAAAGAUUUAUCCAAUUUUUCACUACUUUCAAAUGGUUUUGGUGCACUCACAAUAUCAUUUAUUAUUUCAAAUAAACCAUCAUAUGUAUGCUUUUUGUUUAAUGUAUGAUGCUUUUUAGACCCCCCUCUAUUUCACAAUAUUUUUGAUGAUGCUGUUGAUGCGUAUAAGUCAUUGGUGAAUGAAAAUAGGAAUAAACAAGUGUUGGUAAA